UUGAAUGUAGUCUGUCCAGGUGUAACAGGUUUAAUUUGUUAUGAUUCCACUUGUCAUUAUUUUUCAUUCGGCUCACUAUAUUAUGGGGAAACAGCGCCCUCUAUUGGUGGUCGGCUACGAUAAGAGCAGUGUGUACAGCUACCUCGUUGCCAUUAUAUGCAAGACGGGCACGAGAGGUGCUGUGACUGCUGUGAAGAGCCUAUAUGUGACCAGUACAUAUCCUGUUCCACGCAGGUAUUUGUUUUAUUUUGCUGCCUUUCUUUUAAAUAUAAAUGUAUUAUUGUGGCCAUUAUAUGCAAGACGGGCACGAGAGGUGCUGUGACUGCUGUGAAGAGCCUAUAUGUGACCAGUACAUAUCCUGUUCCACGCAGAUUAAACGCAUCAUCCCACAUCUUCCGUCUCUUGGCCAUCUUUAAAACACAACGCGGAGGUAUUAUACUAGGAAAACAAGACUACUUCUAUCUGAACCGAGCUGAACAAACAGACGGCCAAGUUCAGUACGGUUACAUUGGUGCCGUUACCCAUUCUUCGGCUGCAUCGGCGCGGGCGGGCUGCGUCUACUUCCCGGAGCUGUUCGCAUCGGAGGUCCGUGGGCUGCGUCUACUUCCCGGAGCCGCUCGCAUCGGAGAUCCGUGGGCUGCGUCUAUUUCCCGGAGCCGUUCGCAUCGGAGGGCCGUGGGCUGCGCAUCGGACCCGGACGGCGGAGCACAGAGCCCCGCAGGGACACUUCACCGCCUCGGCAGUGUGGCGGUAACCAAUUUACAUCAGGAAGUUGUUGACUCUGUGCGGAGUGUGGCGCCCGUCAGCGCAGUUCGACCCUCAGCUGCUGUUGUCUCAUCACCUGAUGGACAGUCGGCUGAGAGCUCACCGGACCGCCUGGACCGGGUCAUCGCCCUGCUUGAACGUGUUCUGGAGCAGCAACCACGUCAGCACAAGCUUCCGUAUAAGUCUAAUGUGCACACACAGAGGAAUCUGCCAAUGAGGUCAAAACCCGUAGUGCCCUGUGCUGUGUGCAGUGAUGAAGGACACACUACUCAGUACCACUGCAGGUCCAAUCAUCUGUGCUUUAACUGUUUUGCACCUGACCACACACGAGCGGAGUGUCCGGGGGCUGUCGCCACGAAGCUCAGGGGCGCUGAGCCGGUGCGGCCGCAGGAAAACUAGAUGGCCUGCAUGUGGUGGGGGCAAGUGUUGGGCCUAAAUGGGAUCCCCUUGGUGCGAGUGUCGAAGAUGACAGGGAGUCUAUGUAUCAAAGUGUAUGUGAAGAGAGGGAGAUGGGACGCACUCCAGUACUCCAAAACAUUCAGAGACUCAAACUACAUGACCAACUGUUUUACGAAGAUGUAACACUGGGCGGGAAGGUGACGGUCAGAGCUUUACUGGACAGCGGAUCCAUGGCGUGCACCCUGAGCUCAAGUGUAAUGCCCCAGUUGUUACGGCAGGAUGUUUUAAAGGGCUCCACCCUUGAGCCGACGAAUACCGUGUUGAUUGGGUGUGGGGGGUCCAGGACCUUACCUGCUGGCAUGUGCGACCUGGAAAUGGAGAUUUACAGCUGCAGAGUGAUUGUCCCAACGCUGGUUGUCGAGAACCAGAGUGAUGAACUGAUUGUUGGCAGUAACCUGUUGAAAUAUGUGAUUAACAGGCUUAAGCUAAAGAGGGAUCUUCAGGGGCAAAGCCCCACAGCGCUCAGUUGCGGUGAUAAUGCAGAGCAGAGGCUGUUAAGCUUGUUUGCAGGGGUGGAGGUUGACGAU